ACACACACACACAACAUGAACUACAGCUGGAUAUUCGCUCUCAUCCUGGCCACAUUGUGCCUGUCCCAGGCAGCGCCUCUUAACAAUCCCUACCAGGCCAUCAGCUCGCCCAGCGACAUCAGCGGACAGCCUGUGCGCACAAAACGCGGCAGCUAUCAAAAUGAUUAUUACAUCUGUUAUCCCAGCAGCGUUGUCUAUGGCUAUCAUCACAACAAUCCCAGUUCCCCGGACGGACAUCGUCGCUCCGAUGCGCCGGAGCAACGUUUUCUCGGCUACGACUCCUACGAGGCGCGCACAAAUCGUGCGGAUAGGGAACGCGCCGCCUACACAGACAGCUUUGGCAAAUAAUUUACGGAUUUCUAAAACUAUCACAACUCAAACUAGACGUAAUAUAUAUGGACUAUAUAUUAUAGUUAAGGCAUUCGCACAGGUGUAGCUGUACAUAGUAUUUAUUUAUACUAACUAUUUAUUGUUUUAUAUAAUAUAUGUUAAUAGCA